AUGAGGACUGAAUUACUGUCUGAAUGCGGACUGCUCAGCGACCGUCGAAAACCUCGCUUCGUUAUCACCUGCGAUGAGCUUCCUGCGUUCUGCAGAAGUCUGCGGUUUCUGGAUAAAGGCAUCCCAGGAAGUUUGGCCUCAAUACAGCUCAGGCUCAUCAUAGGUGAUGAGUUUGGUACUGAUGGGGCAAAGGUCGGAGAAGAUGAAGCUACAGAGAGUCCCGGACUUACUGCUGCUGCUAUUGAAAGAAGCUACGCUAGCAUGAAUAACACGAUCGCCACUACGAGUUCUCGAGUGCGCAGGCUACUUGAGCCAUUCCGUCGGCUGCACAGCAUGAAUAAUCUGCAGAUCAUAGGAUCGAUUCCCGAAAAAUACAAAGCCGAAGUGAUUGCCGACAUCAGCAAACCUCUGCCAAAGAACCAAGAGCCCUGUGACCAUGUGCUCACCUGCUUUAAGGAAGCUAUCAGCAAAAAUGACUGCGGAGACUUUGCCACAGGAGAUGUUGAAACGGAGAUCAUGGCGGGGCCGUACGCCAGAUGCACCAUCUGGAACGCAUACGAGCAUAUCGAAGUUACCGCCUGGACGAAGAUAGCUUGGGCCUGGCUGAAAACAGGCGACGUUCACACCGCUGACCGAUGGCUAUCGCGGAUAGUCCAGAAGUUCGUUUACAGGCAACGAGACAAUGGAAAUAUGCCUGCAGGAGAGCACGAUAUUGCCAUGGUCUUCCACUUGGCAUACCAAAUCCUGGAAGAGCGGGACCGUAUGGGGUCUGUCGGUGUCACCAUCUUCAGGACACCGUUAGGACGUUUAAAAAGAUGGCUGCGGCACGAGCCGGAGAAUAGCUUGCUCACGCAGGGAUUGGAGAAGAGAGAGCUGGAUUUGGCAAAGGAACAGGAUAUACACGAUUCGAUGAAUAUGGCCGAUCGCCUGGAUCCCGAGUCAGACAUUGAGAUUCUCAAAUGGGUGUGGAACCAAAGAGAGUAG